AUGCGUUUUGUUCAAGUUAUUCCCAUCUUGGCCACCCUGGGAGGUGUAACCGCCCAGAGGCCUAAAGACACACCUAUUUGCGACUACUACACCACUGCCCUGUUCAAGAACAAUACGGCGGAAAACCAGUACACCCUCUUGACUGCUCUUGUCAACACUGUUGUCAUUGGCAACUACACCCAGCCAAAUGUCGGCGUCUCCGUCCCCGGUAUCCUCGCCAAAGGCACCUUCGAUGGUACCGAGGUGAACCUUCUGCCGUACUUUGACGGCACCCGCAAGAGCACCAACCGCGGCGGUGACAAGGGCGUUUCGGUCAACUUUCUCGACGGAGGGGGUGCAGAGCCUCUGAAGAAAAACAAGCCUGCUGAUGAUGAGAAGUCUCAUCAAUAUUUCCUCCUAACCCAUCUCUACCAAUUCUUCGGCUCCCUCCUCGGCUGCACCCAACAAGGCAUGCCCGGAUUCGACUCCUACACGGGCGCCGCCUCCAUGUUCCAAGUUCACCGCUUCAUGGAUCUUGGUCCAGCCGAGCUCGGCUAUUUUGUCCAGCAGGUCGCGCUCGCAGCCUCGUCGUUUGGUGUCGCUGAGGACGACAUCAAGGCCGUCGGUACGGCGCUCAACACGCUGUUUGGCAUGCGCUGUGCCCCGCCGGCUACGGCAAUCAAGAGUCAGGGGAACCAGCUGCAGGCGAUUUGCGUGGACAAGAGCUGCCCCCUGGCGAUGGAUGCGAUGUGUAGCAAGUAUGACAAUCCGGACAACGGUGGUGGUACGGGCUCGUCGGCUUCGUCAAUGAGUAUGAGUAUGACCGUGGCGCCGACGGGGACGACGGUGGCUCCUACUUCCACGGCAGCUACGGCCACGGACUCGGUGUCGACUGGCGGUGCUGCCGCGACAGGGUUGGGGCUUUCGGGCGUCGCGGCCUUGGGCUUUGCCGCGUUGUUGUUGUGA